ACAACAACAACUGAUAAAGACCGGCUGGCAACAGAGAAGCGGCCACUUGCAGCAACAUAAUUUCAAAGUCGGAGCGUGGGAAUCGCAAAUCACGGUAGCAACAGCAGCAACAAUCAUCGCAGCACGGCAGCAACAUCGCGCUCUCGUCGCUCUCCCAAUCGCUCUUUUCGCUCGCCGCUCUCGCGCUGGCGUUGCUCCGUCCCGCUCGUACCGGCGGCCCCUCUCGCUCGCACCCGCUGCGCAGCGUUCGCGUAUAUUUGGAGGCGUUGCGGCGAUCGCUCACGACAGUUGUGCUUGGAACGCUUCGGAGUGAAGAUCGUGCUCGUCCGAUCGAUGCGCGUGAUAAAUACACGGCGAAAAAAAAUUGAAUCAAGAGUUCCCCCCCAAAACAAUUGACAAGACACGUAAAACAAACACAAGUGAAAAAGCAACUGCUUGAGAGCUAAAAAGAAAUUGUUUUUUAUUUUUGUCAAAUCUCGCACGUAAAUUAGCAAGCGUUCGCAAGAAACAAACCGCCGCCGCAAAAAAAAAAAAUCCAAAACAGAAAAGAUAUAUAACAGAAAACUAAAAAAAUUGGCUGCAAAUGUGAAGAGACGGAGAGACAACAACAGCGGAUAUACCGAGUGAAAUUUGUGUCAUAAGCAAAGCCAAAACCAAACAAAACAAAACAAAACAAAACGAAACAAAACGAAACAAACCCAAAAUAAGAGGCCGUGUAGUGAAUGUGAAACUGUAAAGUGAUGUUUGGUAAUCGACGAAUCGAAAAAGCCUAAAGAAUGGCCAUAGACCUCCUGAUCCUGGCCCUGCUGCUCGUCUCGUUCCUGAUCAACCUGCUGGCGCUGUGUGCCUUCUGGAUAACGCCGGGCCUGCGGACCACAGCCAACCGCUUCACGAUCAACCUGCUGGCCAUCAACCUCAUUGGCUGCUGCAUCCUGGCGCCCACCUUGUUCCUGGGUCUGCCUGGCAAGUCCUCAGAAGUCCCCACAUCAGUGUCUGGAGAAUCAGCGGAAACGCUGCAGUUCGUCUCGAAGCCGGGCAACCACCAGGUUAUACUCCGCCGAAAUGGCCAGCUGGUGGAGCAGGACGGCGUGGUGGUGCGUCGCAACAUCAGCGAAAACGGCGAUACGCUGGAGACCUUCUUCAAGUGCAACGCCACCUACUGCCGCGAGCUGACCAUCGAUGAGCGCGGCGAUGGCGGCUUCGUCAUCACGGAGACGGAGACGGAGACGCACGAGGAGAAUCUCUCGGCCUUUGAGAGUCCGCCCACGGCCGCCUCCGCCCCUCUGCCGCCGGUGCAACUGAGAUGCUGGUCCAUAGACAUGACCGCUGCCCUGGGCGCUCUGGCCGUGCUGCUCGUGGUGGGGGACACGUGGUGCGCCGUCACCGAUCCGCUGCGCUACCACAGCCGCAUCUCUGGCGUGAAGACGUGGAUCUUUAUUGCGCUCACCUGGGUGGUGGGCAUCCUGUUCGGAGCCCUGUCCGCCUUCCGCGUGCUGGACUUCGAGGCGGACACCUUGUUCAGCCGGCACAGCCGCCGACUGGCGGUCACCUACUUCAACAUCAGCAGCACAAACAGUAUUUUCGGCGUGGCCUACGCCAGUGUGUACUUCAUCGUGAUCAUACUGCUGCCCUUCGGCUUCGUGUGCGGCAUGUACUGGAGGAUUUUCAGCGAGGCCCGCGGCAACGGGCUGCGCAUGCGCCAGAACGGAUCUUCGCCGCUGCUGCAGAGCGCCCUCAACCUGACGGCCGGCCAGCAGGCGGCCCAGGCCAAUCAGUUCUCGAACAGCCUGUGUGUGCACAGGCACUCCAUCUCGUCGGCCAGUUCGCAUGGCGGUAACAGUGGCCUGGGAUUGGGUUUGGGCGGUCUGCAGAUGCAAAUCGACCAGCGGCAGCAGCCGAGAAGUUCGCCCAGUUGCCUGCGCCGGGACUCGGCGGCCAAGGUGCUGCUGCCGACCAUCUCCGACGAUGGCGGCUCGGAUGCGGAGAGUGGCACCGGGGUGCAACUGAUGACCGUGCAGGAGCACACGCUGUCGGACAGGAACCAGAACAUAAUGCUGACCCUGCAGACGGCCAGUGGGGAGAUCAAGCGCAACUACUCCGCCCGGCAGCUACCGCUGUUGGGCACAUCCUCGCAGGAUCUGCGCGAGACGCAUCGCCUGGUGGGCAUUCGGCAGGUGCACAGCUCCCCGAAUCUGCACAAGUACACGGAACUGCGCCAGGACUCGCUGGGCGAGGAGUGCGGCUCGCCGCACCUGCUGGGCCAUGCCCAGCGGCAGCAGCAGCAGCAGUCGCAGCAGCUGCACCUGCACCACCAGCAGCAGCUGCACCUGCAGCACCAGCAGCAGCAGCACCACCACCCGCACUUCAGCUCGCCGCGCCACCAGCAGCACGGCCACGCCCUCCAAAUACCCGCCAUCCACGCCUCCCCCAAGGCCCUGAGCUACAUGAGCUCGCUGCGCCAUCGGCUGAGCAAUGCCAGUUCGCUGUUCAAGUACCGCGAGGAGUCGCGGGCCGCCCGGAUCAGCAUCCUGGUGGUGGUGAUGUUCGUGGUCUCGUACCUGCCCUUCGGCCUGCUGGUGCUGCUGCAGUCGCGGCUGUCGGCCGCCAAUUUUGGCGGCUCCUCGCAGCUGGCCAUCUUCAUGAUCCUGCUGGCCAACCUCAGCUCGCCCUUCAUCUUCGCCUACCGCAACAAGCGGGUGCGGCGCGGAGUCAAGCGUCUGUUCGGACUGGAGUCGUCGGCCGGUCUGCAGCGCCACUGCAGCAGUAGUGUGAAGACCAACGGCACCGCAGGUCCGGCGGCAGGCGGUGCCCAGCUGCAGCGCAACAGCAGCAAGUUGUCGCAGUACAGCAGCAACAGUUGCCGCUACCUCACGCCCCAGACAUCGCUGGUCAGUCAGCAGGUGCCAGUGCACACCACCCUGACGCUGCGGCCCAACAGCAGUUGCAGCACCAUCAUCAACUUCGGCGGAGCCAGGGGCUCGGCAGACUCGGAGGAGCCACCACCGGUUACACCACCGCCGGCCACUGUUGCACCGCCACGCCCCCAACGCCCCAAGCUGCAGAGGGGCAUCACCAUUGUGGAGCACAUAGCCAUAACGCCAACGAGUCCACAGAAGUUCCAGAACCGGCGGGCCAGACUCUUCGACAUGUUCUUCCGCGGCUCGAAGAAACUGCAGGCGGGCUGCCAGAGCCAGAGUUUGCCCACAGAGGUCUAAACGAGGUGGCUACCAAUACCAUAUGCAGCUUAGAAAGUAAACAGACACUAAACUCGCUUGCUGAAGAAUUCUAAAAACAGUAUUCGUAAUUUGUAAGUUUAGCAAUUAGCAGAGACAACUGUUUGAAUUCAGUUUUAAGACCAGAUAAUGCUGUCCUAGAAGCUUCUCAUGCCAAAAAAAAAGAAACACACACACACACACAAAAAGAGAGUCAAACUAUAGUUUGAGAUGCUUUAACAUAACACAAAAAGAAAAAUAUGUACCUUUAACAAAUAGAAAACUGUGUACAAGUCAAAUUAACAAAGAUUGAGAGGCAGGAGUCGUAAUCUUAGGGUGGAUAUCAAAAUGCAAAGUGGAACCAAGCCAAGCCAAGUCGAGAACGUAAUCUAUGUACCUAAGCAACAAGCAUAUGAACAUUUAAUGUUUUUACUCAAGUGCGAGACCACAAACAGCAAAGACAGCACUCAGUUAUUUCGAGCCCCCGCACUAAUUAAUUAAUUAUUUAUUGUUACGAUUGUACAUACUUAUUAGACAUCCACACCGCAAAGCUUUAACUCCAAAAACAUUCUGGCUAAACAAGAAGAGACGCAAGCAUUCAAUUUAUAAGUUAAUUAAGUCAAUGUGCUAAGCAUAUGUGUAUUCUAGAGCCUAAGAUUAAGUUGUAGAGCCGAGUAGUCUUAGACCGAGCAGGCACCUAGUGCCGAGCAGUGCUUUUCCAAAGCUGGCCAACUGGAGCGGCCUUUUGCAGGCGGCGUUUUCAUAUUGAAAAUGCCUUUUGGCCGGUGCAAAGGUAGCUGCCAGUUGGCCGGAUUGUCAGUCAGCAGCAGUUAGUUAGUGGGUUAGUUAGCCCUUGGUUAGCCAACGGCUAUCGGGCCAGAGCCAUUAAGUCAAUUUGCUUUUGUAGAACUCCGCGGACAUUGCGUGCAGCUAAAUACCUCAUUAGUUAUAAUUUAAAGUGCGAGAUGGGCAGCGGUAGCGGGUCAAAGGUCAGAGCCAAUCGACUCGCCCCAUGCAUAAUGCAUGGGAAAAUGCUCGAGUGGCCCUGGCAUUUGUCUCUUUUCAGUCCGCUCCAGGCCAGAAAGCUUUAUACCUUAAGUUCUCCUCCUCCUUUGAUUUUCCCUCGGCUGCACAAAAGACCCAGCAACAACGCACAAGCACACACACACACAAUACUAAACAACCUCGAAUUUAUAUUUCUAAAGUUUAUAUUUUAUAAAGAGAGUGUGUGCAUAGGAAAUAUCUAUAAAUAUUCAUGCAAAUGUGUCGGACAAAGAAAAUAUUUCAAAACCAAUUAUUGUGAUGUUGAGCAAGGGGGCAACCAAGAAUGUAAUUUCGAAAUGCAUUAAAAAUAACUUAAAACAUG